UUGUAUUACAUACUAGAUACCCGUAUGUUGAAAUGACUUGUCGACAAUCGGUAAUGUUUAUAAAGGAAACGAAAAUGGAAAUUAUUUUUAACCAAUAGGACUAUUUUUAAAGAUUAAAUCUUCAUUAUGGAGAAGGUCGAAGGCAAAGGGACUGUAAGAAUGGUUCAAUCAGAGGCUAAGUUCUCUGGGCUUCCAACUGAUCCAUAUAAAGCUCUAGAAAUAUCACAAUCGGCCAGAACACUUCUCCAUGAUAUAGAGGAUGAUGAGGAAAUGACGGAGAAAGAUCAUGAGUCACCACAUCAUAAUGUAUCCGAAUGUUCUAAAGUUUACUUGGAUCUGGCGCAAGCAGAACAUUCAGAUCAACGUCUUGUCAACAACAUGGAUCAGGAUCAUCUUUUUAAGAACGGAAAUGAAAAAUGUAUAUUUUUAUCAGGAAAUGAAGAUUUAAACAAUUACACAUUGAAAAACUCAGAAUCUGAAGAUCCGCAUACAACAGAAAAUACUGAUUGGUCCUCCAGUCUACAACAUCUUACUAGUCAACUUAAGGUCAAAAUUGAGGUCAUCAAACAAUGUACUGGUGAUUCUCAUAUUCAAGCAUUACAUGACAUAAGUUUAUUAGUGGAACAAGCUUGGGUCAUGCCAACCAAGGAUGUAGCACAUAGUUUAUGUGACACUCUUCGUGAGGAACAAGCUCUAGACAUUCUGAUAGGAAACUGUGCCUCUCAAAACAAAGAACUGAUGAUAGCUUCAGGAAGAUUACUUGAAAACAUUUUAAUAACAAGAAAUAGACAGAGAGUAGUACACUAUGGACUAGAAAUACUGGUUAAAAUGGCUGUUGAUACAAAGGGGGAGUUUGAUAUGGCUCGGUUUUGUACUGGAAUAUUGGAGAGUCUCUUCAAAAUUUCAGAAGAAAUUUGUAGAAAGUUGACUGUCCUGGGGGGACUAGAUGUUUUACUUUAUUGGUGUAGAAGUAAUGAUCGUCUGACAUUACGUCAUUGUGCAAUUGGUUUGUCAAAUAUGGCUUUGUAUUGUGGCCCUGAAAACCAAGAAGAGAUGGCAAAACACAAAGUCCCAGAAUGGCUCUUUCCUCUAGCAUUUAAUGAUGAUGAUAGUGUAAGAUACUAUGCCUGCUUAGCAAUUUCUGUACUGGUUGCAAAUAAAGAAAUUGAAUCUGCUGUUUUACAAUCUGGUACCCUAGAUCUUGUUCUUCCAUUUAUUGCUAGUCACUCUCCAAGUGAAUUUGGGAGGAUGGACCUGUCUCAUCGUCACGGUAGAUCCAAGGAAUGGUCGAAACGUCUGGUUCCCUUAUUAUCCAGUAAAAGGGAGGAAUCUGAAGCAUUAGCAGCAUUUCAUUUUGCAAUGGAGGCAGGAAUCAAAUCUCUUCAGAAAAAUACAAAAAUAUUUUAUGAAAUAGGAGCUAUAAGUCCAUUAAAAAGGUUAGCUAGUAGUCAAAAUGCUACAACAUCAAAAUUAGCUUGUGAAGCUCUAAGAAUUAUUGGAGAGAAUCUUCCGCACAAACUGACAGCACAAGUUCCGGUGUGGACAGUUGAAGAUGUGAAAUUCUGGGUAUCACAGAAUGGAUUUGAGGAAUUUGCUGUUAAUUUUGAGAGAUGUAAAGGAGAUGGUGACCUGCUGUUAACAUUAACAGAAGGGGACUUGUCAGGCAGUCUGCAUAUGAAAUGUAGAAUAGCACACAAAAGAUUCAUGAGAGAAUUAAAAAGACUCAAAAUAACAGCAGACUAUGCGUCUUCAGAUCCGACCAAACUGGAUGAUUUUUUGAUGGAGUUAGGGUCAGAGUUCAGUCAAUACACAUACUCCAUGUUACAGGCCGGUGUAGAUAUGCUUUAUCUACCGUACCUCACCGAAGAGCAGCUCACCAAUGAUUGUGGUAUCUCUAGUGGUAUACAUAGGAGUAAAAUAUUACAGAAAAUAAGAGUUUUAGAGGAACAAAAGACGGAAGGUGACGCUGGAGAUAUUAUUGAUGGACGUAAGGUGACAGAUGUUUUUAUAAGUUAUAGAAGGGUAAAUGGAUCAAUGUUGGCAAGUUUAUUGAAAGUAUUUCUGCAGUUGAGGGGAUUUACAGUAUUUUUAGACAUAGAGAAAUUAAAUGCUGGUAAAUUUGGUGAGGGGUUAUUGAGCAGUGUGAGGUCCUCACGUAACUUUAUACUGGUACUGACACCAAAUGCCCUUGAUAGAUGUGUAGGAGAUAAAGACAAAAAUGACUGGGUUCACAGGGAAAUAGUAGCAGCAUUAGAAAGUCAGUGUAAUAUUAUACCCAUUAUGGACAACUUCAAGUGGCCAUUAGGUGACCAGCUACCUGAAGAUAUGAAACAGAUCACAUUCUUUAAUGGUAUAAAAUGGAUACAUGAAUAUCAGGAUGCCUGUGUGGACAAGUUAGAACGAUUCAUGAGAGAAGAGAAGCUGAAUAAUAGUAUGCAGGGCAGGGAACCAGAUUUCCUAUUGCAGAAAAUUACUGAAGCCUGAGAAUAAGUUAUUUCUUCCAUUAAUAUCAGAUUUAGUUUUUGUCAGGAAUUUAUAAUAAAGAGGGUCGCCUGUCUCGUCCGAAUUUGAAGAAUAGUCCUGAGAAAAGUAGGAUAAUGGCCUUAUAUAGGUAAUUAUCAAACAGGGUAUAUAAAAACGCAAAUAUUGUGUACAAUAGAUAUUUAUUUGUAAACAUGUUUUUAAUCUGAGAAGAAAAGUGAAGUGGUGAUACUUAAACAGUGCAUGAUUAUUCCCACAUUCCAUUAUUCUAUAGAGUUAUUUCUCCAUGUCUGGUUUUAACAAAGGGCGUUUAUAGUAACAAAUAUUAUGUAUAUUUUUCUAAUGCAUUGAAAUGGUGUUGAAAUAUUUUCUCAUUUAAAAAUAAAGGACACAACUCUGAUAAUGAAUACUGUUAAUUCAGAAAUUACUGUGUCCAUUUAUUAUUGUGAAUCCUUGACCACUUUCAAAAUCUAAUUAAUGAGAAUACACAAGUUUUAUGAAGGAAAAUCACUCAUGAAAUUAUGAAUGCAAGAUUUUAUUAUUGCAACCUGAAACUGUACCAUUUUUGCAUUAGUUUCUGAAUUUGCAGGGAAUGAUUUUUGAAACUGAAGGUUAUGUGGACUACACCAUCCUCUUUCAAAAAGUAAUAUAGACAGGGUGAAGUUCAAAUGUUCAAAAAAAACAGAAAUUUGUAUUACUAAAAUUAAUCAGAAAUACAUUUAUGUUUUUCAUUAUAUUCAUUAUUAUUGGUUGGAUGCCCAUUUUCAUAAAUUUCUUUGGCACAGUGAAAUUACCAAUUUAAUUCUCAAUAAUAUCAAAUGUUUUAAUGACUUUUGAAUGUUACAAAUGAUGAAACCCUGAAAUUAGCUAACAUUGAAAUAGCGAAUUUUUCUAAAACCCUGAAAAUUGAUGUAAAUAGAUUAAUCCAUAGUUAUUCAUGUUCCACAGACAAAUAGACUAACUAUGAUAUUGUCCAACAUGAAAUGAGGAAAUAUAGAAGAUGAAGUGGCAUGUGGGGAAAAAUGCUUGAAACAGAUAGUUUCCAUUGAUUUUCAUAGUGUUGGAUCUUAAGGUCAGCAAAAGUAUGCCCCCCCUUUUUUUUUAGAGUUGAUCUAUGCGGAAUUUUGCCCUCUAGCAUAUCAACAAAAAGAAAUAACUCUUAAUUCAAUUUACAACAAUGGAAAACUAUCUAUAGGAAAAGAUAAACAGAAAAUAGUGCAAUAGUAGAAUAGAGUUACAAGUUGCUUAGUUAAAAGGAGGCUUUUGUCUAUCCCAGCAUUAGUUGCAUGUUAAAAUGUUUUUGUUGGUCACCCUAGCUAAAUUAUACAUAAUGUUAUAGCAGUUUGUGAUAUGUUUUAUUGUACAGUGUGUGAUAUAUUUGUUAGAAUGAUAUUUUUAACCCAAUAUCCCUUUUGGCUGUUAUUUUGGAAUUGAUUUUGUAAGUUUUCAGCCCUUUUGGCUGUAUUCUUAGAUUUGUAAUCAAAUUUUGCAAUGUUAUUGAACAAUUGUUAGAUAUUAUUUCUAAAUAUAUGAUAGAAUGUAAAAUAUAUACAUGUAGUUAUUGGUGUUUAUGUACAUAGGUAGGCAUGAUUUGUUAAACUAUUUUAACAAUGAUUUUAACUUGGUUUUUCCUUUCAAAAAUAUUUAUACUCAAAUCAGAUAAUUCAUUGAAAAAAAUUACAGAUGGACAGUUAAUUCAUAAAAUAUCUAGUAUAAACCACAUAAAGUCUAUAUCUUGCCAUUUAAUCAUCUGAAAUUUACAUUUCCAACAUAAAUCAAUGCUAGUAUAUUUUUUCUUAUUUUGCAAUUUUGUAAUAGUGACCAUAAUUCACAUUUCAGUGUAGUAGAUUUUCAUUCGAUGAGUUAUUUCCCUUUUUCAGACAUUCAUUCUCCUUGGUUGACUUAAUUUUGUAUAAUUAGUUAUUUCUUAUUAUCUCUUCAAACUAUUUAUUCAUUAGUUAAAUGCAUUAAUGAAGCUGUUAAUAAGUUAAUUGACAGAAAUAAAAACUCUUAAAACAUGCACAAAAUGUUUGCUAUUGUGUUGUGUCAUUGUAAUCACAGUCGCUAGUGGCAUCUACAGAUACCACAGAUCCAUACUGUUAUUUUAAAAUUGGAUUUAAUCGCAGAUGUUAAGAAAUGAAGCUUGCUUUAGUAAAACAAAUAUUUGUCUCAAUUUUAUCUUGUGUGCGAGUCUGAAUAAACUAAAUGUUUAGUGCUAAAAAACAAAGACCCCACAGAGAUGGAUUUUAUAUAGGAUCACAUUGUCAAUGUAUAUUUGUUCUGCCUAGCAGAAGUUCCCCUGGAAACUUUGUUAUAAACAAUGCCAUAAUAUCUGUUCCUGUUGGAACAAAUAUUCUAUACCCUUUAUUCCGUUUGGAACAAAUACUGUUAUAUUUGCUAUAGUAGAAAUAAUAAUACAGAUUUUUUUUUCCACUUGGAACUUAGAUUAUGAAGGAACUUUUCUUUCAUUUCAACAUGACAAAGAUUUUAAUGAAGGCUCUUUAAAAACAGAUAUAUUGACAUCAUAGUUAAAAUGUUAGAAUUGAUUUAAGGAACUUUACUUUCAAAUUAUUUGUAAUAUAUCCACAACAAUAUAAUCAUCAAUAAAUGUUGCUAAAAAUAUUCAGGUACACUUUUAUUCUUUUAGCGAACUUUUCUUAACCUUCUUAGGUAGUUCAUAUAUAUUUUUUUUCUACUUAGGAAUUAGAUAUCUUUUUUAGAUUUCUUUAAUUUAUGUGCCAUAAAACUAUUUUUUUUUUAAAGUUUAUUUAAUAUAUUAUUUCAAAUUUGUUAUUAUCAUAGAGAUAUAUUUUGUUAAUUAUUUUUGGUUUAUUUUUAUGAUACUGAUGUUAGAUACUCAUUACAAGAUAUAUACUCAAUUUAUUAAAAACUAGUCACACAAUACGAUUUAUUCAUAUUUUUCAACAAACUAAAGAAAUCUAUAUACAGCAGUAGAUAUACAACUACAGUGUAACCUGUAUAAUAUGGACUCUGUUUAAAGCCGAUCUAAAAUCUGACUAAAGUGAACUUUUGUAUUAAGACAAUCAUUUCUUAUUCUUAAGUAAUCUGACAUGUGUAAACUGAAACACUUUUUUAAAACACCAUAAUCAACACCCUUUACUAUUUUGCAAUUCUUUCCGUAAAUGUUUAAUGUACUUAAAAAAAUCAUUGUCAGAUCUGGUACAAUUUACCAUGCUCUUACACUUGCUUUGGUUAAACAGGGAUACAGUUUGUCUUAUCAAGGUGUAAUCUCCCUUUGCAAUUUUUUUAAAAAUUGGAAACAAAGUCGGAAGUUUGAAACUAUUCAAACAAAAUCUUCGGUUCAGUUUAGACAGACAUUUUUGUAUUAUUGAUGGCAUUAAAUUGAUUUAUAUGAAACAUAAAAAACAAAUUAAGUUUAGAAUGGAUAAAUGCUAGCCUGGCAUCCUGUCCAGAUCUCUGCUUUGUGUCACUAGAACUAGAGACAUAAUAUGUUUUACAUGUAUCUGGUAGAACCAGAUGUGAGAAAAGCCAUGUCGUCCUAUUGUAAAAAUCAAUAAAGAUGUUUGAUACAUGUAGAUGCACUUAAAAAAAAUAUUAUACUUCAAGUUAAAAUGCCAAAUUUUCAUUGGCUAAUACGAGGGAGAUAAUUUACUCCAUCCCAUGGUUCAGCGGGAGAUAAUAUUUUAAAUGUCACCCUCUCGUGCAGACCAAUUAAAAAUCGAUAAAUUAAAGGACAAUGAAUUGAAUUAACAUCAAUAAAUUAAAGACAAUGUUAAAGUUCUACGUUUUUGCCUCAGAACUUUUUCAUAGACUGUCAAAAUAAAAAAAAAUAUCUUACAUCACUUUUGUUGUUUUUCUAAUAACUGUAACGUUAUGUAUGUGACAUUAAUUUAAAACUUAACAGUAAAAGACAUCAAUGAGAGAGCAUUUACUAUAAUAGAUUAAAUAACACAUAGCUGAGAGGGUGACAGAGCAAUUUGGUUCCACUGGAAAAAAUAUUGUCAACCUUGGCUUCGCCCUGAUUGAUAAUGUUUUCUUGGGGUAACAAUCUGCUCUACCACCCUCUCAGAUAUGUCUUAUUUAUAUAAUGGUAUUAAACUAAAACUUUAAAAAUGAUUUUUUUUCUUUUGUGUCAGGCUACGUACUCCGAACAUACGUCAGGAAUUGAAGCCGACUAAUGAACCUAAACAUGUGGCUCUUUUCUUACUUGCUCUAUUGGCCAGCAGUAAACCAGGAUUCCAGGCUAGAUUAUGUUAAUUAUAGAAGUCAGGUGUACACAUGUUUAUUUUGUUGUAAAGGUGGCACCCCUCAUUUAGUUAAAAAAAAAUGUUGCCACUAUUGUAUUAUUUGGUUCAUAUAUAGGUAAAUUGUUCUUGUAAAGGUUGCAGCCCUUGCUUUAUUAUGAUAAACUAAUGCCACUUCUGUAUUGUUUGUAGUAUGUAUUUAAUAUUAUAUACUGGUAAUAUUUUCUUUUUGUUUUGUUGACUAUUGGAUUUCUAUAAUAAAUGCACUAACUUCAUUCUGCACCACCCACACUUCUGAAACAACCUUUAUCAGGCAAGAUCCAGGCCAAAAUCAAUUAAUAAGUCAGUUGUUCUCUUGUUACUACUCUGGCUUCCUCCACUAAUAAAAAUGAAUAGCCAUGAUACAGCAUAGGUUGCUAAAAAUAGAAUUAAACACCCAACUAGCAAAGCAAAAUGACAUCUGGUGUUAUUACUACUCAAUAAAGACCACCUAUUAAAUCAGGAAACUAUUUUUGCGAUGCUUGGGUUAUCUAAAUUUUGCAGCAUUAUUUGUUUUUCAGAUAGAUGUGUAUUUUUAAAGUCCUUUGUUACAGUCAAUAGGAACAUAUUAAUGCUAAUCAGAAAUUUGAUUAGCAGUCAUUUUUCCCAACAUUACUGAAUAAUUUGUGUGCAAUGAAUUUUGGAAAGCACCUGGAAUAACCCCUGGUUGUCUCGCCUUGACGGAGUCAAAAUGUGAAACAGAGAUAUGAUGUUUCCGGCGUCGGCGGCGUCAACAAUGUAUUAGUUUGUGAUUAGGUCUAGUUUAUGGUGAACCACAAGUGCAAGGUCAAUUUAAUAAAUUUACUGUUUGCAAAAGAAUGAUUUAUUCUAAAUACUAAGGAUUUUCUUAUCCCAGACAUAUACCUUAGCCGUAUUUGGCACAACAUUUUGGAACUUUUGGUCCUCAAUGCUCUUCAACUUUGUACUUGUUUUGGAUUUUGAACUUUUUGGAUCUGAGCGUCACUGGUUAGUCUUGUGUGGACGAAGCGCGCGUCUUUCGGAUUAAAUUUUUGUUAGCUAUUAUUCGUAUGUUUCUCUGUCCUGUAUGUUCUCCCAUUUAUUUGUAUUGUAGUCCUGUCAUGUAAUGUUGUCAUUUUAAUGUUAUAUUUAACAUUGCCAUAAAAGCGGGAGGUUUGGCUAGCCACAAAACCAGGAUCAACCCACCAUUUUUUUCUUAAAAUGUCCUGUACCAAGUCAGGAAAAUGGCCAUUGUUAUAUUAUAGUUCGUUUCUCUGUGUGUUACAUUUUAAUAUUGUGUUUCUGUUUCUGUUGUGUUGUAGUUCUCCUCUUAUUUUUGAUGUGUUUCCCUCAGUUUAAAUUUGUAACCCGGAUUUGUUUUUUUCUCAAUCGAUUUAUGAAUUUCGAACAGCGGUAUACUACUGUUGCCUUUAUUUAUAUUUGGUAUGCAGUUGUAUUAGCAUAGGUAAAUCUCAUUUCCAUGGAGAUUAUUUGGCCCUGCCCCUUCAGUCAUGGUCUAUUGACUUUUGAAACUUUUGCUUAGUUUACAUUUAUUAGUUUGUGAUAAGGUCAGUUAAUGGGGAACCACUAGUGGUAGGUCAAUCAUAUUUGGUAUGCAGUUGUAUUAGCAUAGUCAAAUCUCAUUUCCAUGGAGAAUAUUUGGCCCUGCCCCCUCAGUUAUGUCCUAUUUACUUUGAAACUUUUGUUUAGUUUACAUUUAUUAGUUUGUGAUUAGGUCAGUUUAUGGGGAACCACUAGUGGUAGGCCAAUGUUAAUUGGUGUUCAGUUGUAUAAGCAUUAGCACAUCUCUUUUCCAUGGAGAAUAUUUGGCCCUGCCCCCUCAGCCAUGUCCUAUUUACUUUGAAACUUUUGUUUAGUUUACAUGUAUAAGUUUCUAAUUAAAUCAGUUUAAGAUGAACAGCUGAUGUUAAGUCAAUGAUAUUUGGUAUGCAAAUUUAUUGGCAUUUGCAAGUAUCGUUUCUAUGGAGAUUAUAUAGCCCCAUCCCCUCUUCAUGGUUUAUUGACUUUGAAACUUUUACAUAGUGUACAAGUUAAUGUUUGUGAUUAGGUUUGUUUAAAGGGAACGACUUAUAAUAAGUCAAUGGUAUUUGGUAUGUAGUUGUAUUAGCAUUGGCAAAUCUCAUUUCCAUGGAGAUUGUUUAGCCAUGUACCUCAGUCAUGGUUCAUUGACUUUGAAUAUUUGCAUAACUUACAUGUUAAAAUAUUGCUAUUUUAAUUUCAACAUUUGCAUAAUCAAAAUUACAAAAAGGCGAGACAUAACUCUGUGAUAACAGUUUUAUUUUUAGUAGGGUUCGUGUUGCUCAGUCUUUGUUUUCUAUGUUUUGUUUUGUGUACUGUUGUUUGUCUUUAGGGUUUUUUCUUUUCUUGAUAUGGCGUUGUCAGUUUACUUUCGACUUAUCAGUUUAAAUGUCCUCUUGGUAUCUUUCGCCUCUUUUCUUUAACAUUGCUCAUUUCCUAAUUUCACACAAUAUUUCCAGCUAUAACUAUGAAAGAUACAAUAGGACCUAUGCUGUCAAUUGCAAUUUUAAACAAUAGUUAUUGCUAUCAUGUACAGCAGAUGUUGAUCUGUUAAACCUAUUGUAUCUGCUUUACCGAUAGGAUGUGUAUUUUUAUAUUACUCUCAGUUGUUCAAAAAACUGAAGGCAAGCAUUAAAUUCUGAGUUUACAGUAUACUUAUGCCUCACUUUCAGGCUUUAGCUAUGUAAUUUAUUUUAUACCACUAUGCCAAAUAAAACAAUAGAAACUACUUAAUUAAAAUGAAUAAUGUUGUACAAUACUAGAA